AUGAGUGCUUUUCUAGGGUUCAGCUGCCUUCGGUCGGGCCUCACCCUCGAACGAGCCCUGCGAGUGGAGGCCGCUGCUGCUGCUGCUGCUCGAAUCAGGUCGUCACCCUCGACGUGUCUCGCGCCGCUCUCGGGCUCAGCUCGCUUUCAUUCACAAUGGACCGUCUCAAGCUGUCAUCAACCCAGGAACCCACUCCUCCUGCAGGUGAUACAACCACAAUGGCGGCCCGACCAGACGAGAAGACAAGUCCGCCAUGAGCCACAAAAGCGAACCCUCUUCGGCCUGAACAACCGGACAGUCCUCACCCACUAUGUUCACCUCCCGCCAGACUACAAAGACGAAGAAGGACUACCGUUUCAGAGGGAAGGCGACCUCGAUCUGCCGGCUACAGUGCGUAUCUUUCCGGGGUUCGCAGAUAUGACGCCCGCCCGUGCCACCAGGCUGCUCAGAAUCCUGCACGGGCGCCGGGUCGCGGGGACGGUGGAAGACCCGUCUCUGCAGGUGAACACCGCUAUGUACAGCGCUCGCGAGAUCAGCAGGGCACUGGAGUAUCUGCGGAGGGAAGUGCCUGUGGACGAGGUGCUGAACGCCGGCCUCAGGGCAGAGGAUGAGCUGCGAGAGCUGGAAGCGAACAUGGUGCCCAGGGAAGCCGGUGACGAGGAGGUCUCUGCCGAGGGAGGGAGGACAAGGAAGAGCAACGAAGCCGCAGAGAAGGACGGCAACGACGACAAUCCCCGCUCCGUCUACGGCGAGAGCAUCCUCGACAAGAUCCGCGCAAGAAACAUCGCACGCCGCGAAGCCGAGGAGCGCGCCGAGGCCGAGAGGCAGCGCAAGGAAGACGAGGCCGCUGCGCAGAACUGGGGCGGCCUGGCGGCGUACGACCCCUCGCUGCACCGCGGCCUGCACCCGAAACAGCUCGAGCACUACGAGGCCGCCACGUCGGACCUAGAAGCGCCGCCCGAGGUCCCGCGGUGGCGCAUCCUGCUGCCCAUGACGGCGUUCGCCGGGGCGGUGUUGGCCGCGCUCUACAUGCUUGCUUCCCUGGCCGAACUGCCGCAGCAGCAACAACCCGGCCAGCGCGAGGUCUUGGGCGGGUCGCUCACGCAGGCACAGGCUGUCGCGGCCGCCAUCACGCUGCUCAACGCUGCCGUGUUCAUAGCCUGGCGCCGCGUCCGCCUGUGGAAGUAUCUCAACCGUCACUUCGUGCUCGACUUUGUCUCCCCGCGCCCCUACCAGCUCCUGACUGCCAUGAUCACGCACCAGGACCCGCGCCACCUCACAAAGGCCAUGCUCCUCGCCUGGGCCGGCGCGCUCCUCCUCGUGCCCGAGCUGGGCCCCGGCGCCUUCCUCGCCACGUAUGCCGCCUCAGGCGUGUGCGGGUUCCUGGCCACCCUGUGGACGCACGUCGUGCGCGGCCAGCUGAUCUACAUGUUUGGUGCCUCGUCGGCCGGGUUCGGGGCCAUCUGUGCGUACUUUUGGCUGUACCGCUUUGACGGGUUCAAGAUCCUGGGCCUGCCGCCUGAUCCUUAUGAGGGCCUGCAGGGCCUUGGGAUUAUCGGUUUGAUUAUGGCGUUCUUUGCGCUGGUGCCGCUGGUGAGGGGGCAGGGGGGUGGGGUGGAUUGGAUGUCUCAUUUGGCCGGUAUGGUGACGGGCAUAGGGUGUGCUUCGCUUAUGGAGGGGCGGUGGAGGGUUGCUAAGGAGGAGGAGGAGCAGCAGCAGAAGCAGAAGCCUGUGGAAGAGGGCCAGCGGGCGCAGGAGACGCUGGGCGGUGCGAGUGGCAAGAAGUGA